AUGGCAUUAGCCAAUGGCAGUCGCCCAUCUCAGGUGACGUCAUAUCUGGUUGGACCGACAUUUAAGGGCGGUUUCACCAAACUCGAGGUAACACGCCACGAACCGUACAAUCAGAAGUAUCUUUUUUAUCGACACAGUUGCGAGGAAUCAAUGGAAUCGAAUGCAAAGGGAAUUCAUUUAGAGAAAAUCCGUCGUUACCGAGAGAAGGAUUACCAUGACAACACACAUACCGAGGAAGAAAGAGAAUUUUUCGAAGCAGUGGAACAAGGUAAUACAGGGGUGGUGCAGGAACUCGUACAGGAGUAUGGGAUCAAUGUUAAUAUCACGAGAUUGUAUCAUAGACUACCAACGACAGCACUUCAGCUAUCGGCGCAGAAAAACGACUUUGCUAUGGUACGACUUCUAGCUGGGCUCGGAGCCAAUAGUCUCAACACACCAUCAGUGGAAGCAACAUCUGGGGACAUACAGACAGAACAGCAUCGAAUAGGUGUAUUUACCGCCCUCUCGAGCUCCUGUAUAUUUAUUGUACUUUCACGAGGAUCCUGUAAUGGCUGCGAAGAUUAUUCAAAGUUAGAAAUUCAAGUUGAAGAUUUUUUGAUUGCAAUGUUGAACUCCUGCUACAUGUCAGAAGAAUGCAAGGUGUUGCUACAUGGAAAUAUGUGUGACAAACCUCGGUCAAUGCACCAUCGAACGUGGAAACUUGCUCAGCUAGCUGUCAACAACAAACAAAAACGAUUUGUAGCAGCAGCAAAGUUCCAGCAUACAAUCCGCCAAGAGUGGGUCAAAGGUCAGCCAUCCUGGUCGCUUCGUGAGGGGUGGUCGUGGACGCUAGUUUACGCUGUCUACGCCGUUAUACUAUACGGAGUUCUUCAACCAAUCGUAUCACUCGUCUACAUUCUUUUCCCCUGUAGUAGCAUAUGCGCUUUUAUCGAAGGCCCCAAAAGUAAAUUUUUUAUGCAUCUAUUUUCGUACAUGGCUUUUCUUAUCCUGUUUGUACUCGCAACUUUGUUGCCGGUUUUGAGUAUGUUGAAUCACCAGGGCAACCAUCCAUUGCUAGAAAUAAUCAGAAUACUAGAAAUAAUCUGGAUUAUUGGUAUCCUUUAUGGUAAAUUACAAAAAGCUUACAUAGCCGGGUUUAAAGUCUAUUUUACUAAUUUCUGGAAUUUGGUGAUGUUUUUAACGUUGUUGAUUUUUGGUAUUGAUUCACUUGUGUUGUCAUGCCUAUCGCUCAGCUUCGCAGAUUAUUUACUAACCCACUCCAUCCCGGCAUUCCUUGCGGCCAUACCGUUUUUACAUAUUAUAAACUAUCUGUAUGUGAGUUCUGUACUUGGACCUUUGCUGCUUGCGUUCAUGUCUAUAAAGGGCCAUGUUAUACGAUUCCUCUGUCUGUUCACCAUUGUCGUCCUCGCAUUUGCUGUGUCCUUGUUCUGCAUUUAUGCUGGGAAUGAAGGUGGCGUCGCAAAUGACGGAUACACAAGUUUGACAUCUUCAAUAAAAGAGCUGGUGUAUUCAUUAUUUGGUGAAUUCAACGACAACGAAUUGUUAUUUACUGGUCUGGUCCAUAUCGUCAAUGGAAGUCUCACCGCAAAUGAGAUCUCGAGCGUAGAACAAAUGCAUUCAGAUAUGGGAGCAUUGGUAUACGCGGCUUUCGGCAUAUUGUGUAACUUAGUAUUGGUUAACUUGUGUAUUGCAAUGAUGGCUGAUACCUACAACAGAAUACAGGAAAACAUCAACGUCAUAUGGAAGUUUGAAAGAACGAGAAUAUGGAUGAACUAUGUGAAUGCACCUGCAAUGGCACCCCCUUUCAAUAUUCUACCGUCUACUAAAUGUAUACAGUAUAUGAUGAAUAAGAAGAGGAAAAGUCACCAUUCGCCAGUCAAGGUGAUUAAUAGUGGUAUACAGACAGUGUCCGAAGAUAACUCUUAUACAGAGAUACGAUACAGCGAGCUGGUGCCUAUAUUGGUAGAUCGCUAUUUGGAAGUUCACUAUCCAUCGUUCUGCUCUAUUGCAACGAAACAAAAUAGUUGUUGGGAUGUAAACAGAACAAUCGAAGCUGAAAUGACUAAUCUCUAA